AUGGUCCCCUUUUUCCACAGCAAGGGCAUCUUCUACUUCCACUGCGUUUCUUCUGGUCAGGCGGUCACCAAAAAGCAGUUUGUGGAGGUUUUGAGGGAGUUCGGAAAGAGACUUCGUUGCAAAAGGCCAGAACAUCUGCACCAGGACAAUGCACAGGUCCACACUUCCAUCCUGGUAACCAACAACUUGACAGUGGUGAGCAUCAAAACUGUCCCCUACAGUGUAGAGCUUGCACCCUGUGACUUGAUUAUUUUCCAGGCUGAAAGAGAUCCUGUUUUGAAGAUAAGGUGUGACAAAGGGCUGUCACGAAGAGUCUGCAGCGCUAUAAGAAGUGCAUUGAAGUCAGAAGAUUCUAUUUUGAAAGAGAUUAGAGUUUUGCACUUCUUUGAAAUUAUCAAAUGUCUUCUCAUGAAUCAGUCUCAAAACUUCUGGAAUGCACCUUGGACAUGUAAUGGUACUGCAACUACCAACGAGUGUGGUUACUGCGUGGGCGGUGAGACUAAUAAAACACAAAAAUACGGUCUUGAUUGCAACAAUGUUUGUAAUGGUACAGCAUAUAAUGACAGUUGCAACUAUUGUGUCAACGGAGUAAAGAAAACUAAAAGCGACUUUGAAGAUUGCACAGGAACCUGCCACGCACCAGGUCAAACAGCGUACAAAGCCUAUCAGAACAACUAUACAUGUAACAUAUGUUUGCAAUGGAAUGAAACUUUACCUGCUGAGCGCAAAGACGCUUGUGGCGUAUGCAAUGGAAAUAAUAGUACCUGUACCGACUGUGCUGGGGUAGUUAACGGAACGUCGCUUGAAGACCAGUGUGGAAUGUGUAACGGAAACGGCUCAAGCUGUUUUCGUAUUAUCGAAGUGAAACCGAAGAUAAUUCCGGAAUAUGUGGGAAAGACACUGUAUAUUAAUGUGGCCGGACCUAAAGACGACAAAAUGGUUCUAGACAUAAAGGGAAUUAUUCCGCAUACCCUUGUAAAUUCAAGCCAUAUCAGUGCGGUUGUAAACCUAACCAAAGGAACUUAUGAUAUCUAUUUGAAUAACUCACAAGGCUUAAAAGAUAGUUUUUCCAGCCUGAAAGUUUACAGAAAAUCAGACAUCGUAGCUUCGGUCAGUCCUUUGAAUCUUACUCUCGACACAAAACAGCCAAGCGAUCUUUCAUUAGAUGUCAGUGUCAAUGUAACAGACCAAGUGCAGUGCCUCUUUUAUGGAGCUGUUGUUGAGGUAAAGUUCGACCGACCGAUUGAAACUGCUGCAAUCCUGACAUGUGAUAAAAUUUUUACAAGCACAACUCAACUUGGUAACGAAGCUGCUUGUAACUGGUAUUCUGAUUCGACAUUGAUCAUAACGGUAGGCAAAGGAAAUGAUCUCGUAAUUCUAGGUUCUUAUUUGACUUUUGCAAACAAUGCAGUGAAAGCCAAAGGCCAGAGUUAUGCCAUUGCUAUUGAAAGUACUAUAGUAGUAGGCAGACCUGAUCAACCAGUCUCUGUGGAAUCGGUAAUCGAAGGUCCCUCAGAAAUACCCAACUGCGGUUUCGUGCAGUAUACGGGUACGAAGAGUCGAGGAAGCGGCGGUAGGCAGUUAACAUACGAAUGGACCAUUCCUAACAUAACAAUAGUAGAUAACACAAAGGACUCAAUAAUGCUCAACUCCAGUGAUUUACAGAUCGGAACUGAAUACACUGUAACACUGAACGUGAAGAAUUUCCUGGCCGUGAUUGACAAUUCUUCUUUAAUUAUAACUAGAGACGCCAAUGCAAUUCCAAUUGUUUAUCUUUCAUCCGAUGUUGACGCACAGAAUGUCCAAGUUACAGACACGUAA